UACCAAAAUGUGUAGUAUGGUCUGAGCAAAUGGAAAAGUGUUUCGAGAUGGACUCGCCUCUAGAAUGGUACGUUCCAGUCCGCCUCUCGAGCCUUCCUUUUCCAACUGAAGUAGCAGCCAUGAGGCUCCAGAAGAGGCUGGCCUCCAGCGUCCUGCGCUGCGGCAAGAAGAAGGUCUGGCUGGACCCCAACGAGACCAACGAGAUCGCCAACGCCAACUCACGUCAGCAGGUCCGUAAGCUGGUGAAGGAUGGUCUUAUCAUUCGCAAACCUGUUACUGUGCACUCCCGUGCCCGCUGCCGCAAGAACACAUUGGCACGUCGCAAGGGAAGACACAUGGGAACCGGUAAGAGAAAAGGUACCGCCAACGCCCGUAUGCCAGAGAAGUUGUGCUGGAUGCGCCGCAUGAGGGUCCUGCGUCGUCUGCUGCGUCGCUACCGGGAGGCCAAGAAGAUUGACAGGCACAUGUACCACAGCCUCUACCUGAGGGCCAAGGGUAACGUGUUCAAGAACAAGCGCAUCCUUAUGGAGCACAUUCAUAAGCUGAAGGCAGACAAGGCCCGCAGGAAGCUCCUGUCCGAUCAAGCAGAGGCCCGUCGCUCCAAGACAAAGGAGGCACGCAAGCGCCGAGAGGAGCGUCUCCAGGCCAAGAAGGAGGAGAUGAUAAAGGCCUUUUCCAAGGAGGACGAGACCAAGAAGUGACGUGGUUCUGUCAAUCCUCACUGCCACUGCCACCUGUCAAGUGCCGACAAUAAAAGUGUACAUAAAGCAA